AUGGCCACACCAAAGAUCAUCGAGAUCCUCGCGCCCCUUGGGGCAACUGUGCAUAAGCUCAGUCUUCGCGGUCUACUGCCACCGCCACCGCCAACCUGGCCACUCCCGGGAGACCUACCAAUCUGCCCUCACGGAUCCCAUGAGCUAUGCUCAUCCCUUGCUGUUGGGGAUGCAUCUCUCACCCAAGAGUGGCCCGCCGUUCGUGAGCUCUCGCUUAUAAGUGGCAUCGUCAUAAUGGGCGACUUGGUGAAGGCAUUCCCGAAUGCCUCAACUGUUCUUCUUUCGCCCUUCAUGUUGCAGAAUGUCCCUCUUGGCGACAUGUACAUGCAGUUCUGGGAUCAUCUGCAGUAUGUCCGAGGAAGCUUCGAAUCUCUACUCUGCUGGGAUUUUCACCGUCCUGUACACCGGCUCGACAUGGAUGCACGAGACCUGUUUCUGAGGAACACGAAAUUUAUGAUACCCUCCGUGCUGGCACAGUCGUCGCCUGUUGUCCUGGCUCUGUGUGUAGAGCAGCUGUUUCCAGUUGUGAGUUUUAGCUCCAGGACUGCCUUUUGGGAGGCCGCGUUUCAGCCGGGCUCCUUGAAAAGGCUGCGAGUUCUCCAGCUGUGCAUAGUCAGCACGACAACAGAAGCGGGGCAAUGGUUGGAAAUGGUCUGUGCACUUCUCGCAAACGUCAAAACGCUGCAGGUAUUGGCGCUGUACUUCGGGCUCAAAAAACCAACUGCUGGUCAAAGUGUUCCUCCUGGUGCCACACCCUUGGCGGAUUUCAUUGAGCGGGGGCCAGGCUUUCAUUUGCCCGAGGCGUUCAAGGUAGAGCGGCUUGCGAGUGGUAUUCGCUCGUUGCAAUUGGUCUCGCUCUCCUACGGUGAUGUGCAGAUUGAUGACAAGGAGUUAUGGUCCUUCCAUGUAAAAGGUGAAACCAAGUAUUGGUGUGGCCUCCAGGAUGGUUUGCACGCCGCCAAAACAGAGGAGGAGGGACAAAACCUGGCUUCCGCGCUGUAUAGUUCGGGCGACGAUCCAGUCAUGUUCACAUUCCUGUGA